AUGAUUCCCAAGUCGUUUAUAGCUGCCUUUAUGGCUAGCUGCUUCAUAUCCAGCUCCACUGCCAGCCCUUGCAAAGCCAGCUCAGGGACUACCGAAAUUUCUACUGAGACAGCAACCACCCAAAUGCCCGCCUCAACGACGAUUGCAAAAACUAUCGAGACCACUCUUACCACAUCUGAAGCUGAAAACGACACUGCGACUUCUACUGUCGUAGAGGACGCCACCCCGACCACGGUUACAACGACUGCUUCAUCAACAACUCAAGCGCCUCCUCCUGUGGAUAUUCCUGAGGUUGAUUGCUCAACAGACCAAGACUGUAUCGCAGCGCUGGGAGCCGGUGCAUUGGGAAUAUAUGCUUGUAUCGACCUCAUUUGUCAACAGACUGCCACACCUGAACCUUAG